AUGGCCACCGAGUACACCCUGUCCGAGCAGCACCGUGCUCUCAUGCACAAUGGUCUCCAGGAGACCGACCCCGAGAUCUUCGAGAUCAUGCAAAAAGAGAUUCAGCGUCAGCGCGAGUCCAUUGUCUUGAUCGCAUCCGAGAAUUUCACUUCCAGUGCUGUUUUCCAGGCCCUUGGUACCCCUAUGUCCAACAAGUACUCUGAGGGGUACCCCGGUGCUCGUUACUACGGUGGCAACGAGCACAUUGACGCCAUCGAGAUCACUUGCCAGAAUCGUGCCCUCGCCGCUUUCCGUCUCGACAAGGCUAAGUGGGGUGUCAACGUUCAGUGCCUGAGUGGUUCUCCCGCCAACCUGCAGGUCUACCAGGCUCUGAUGCGCCCUCACGACCGCCUGAUGGGUCUUGACCUUCCCCACGGUGGUCACUUGAGUCACGGUUACCAGACCGCCCAGAAGAAGAUCUCUGCCGUCUCCACCUACUUCGAGACCUUCCCCUACCGUCUUAACCUCGAGACCGAGCGAAUUGACUACGACCAACUUGAGCAGAACGCUGAGCUUUACCGCCCUAAGAUCCUGGUCGCUGGUACCUCUGCCUACUGCCGGGAGAUUGACUACAAGCGCAUGCGCCAGAUUGCCGACAAGGUUGGUGCCUACCUCGUUGUUGAUAUGGCCCACAUCUCUGGUCUCGUUGCUGCCGGUGUCAUGGAUGACCCCUUCGAGUACGCCGACGUCGUCACUACCACCACCCACAAGUCUCUCCGUGGCCCCCGUGGUGCUAUGAUCUUCUUCCGCCGUGGUGUCCGAGGCCAGGACAAGAAUGGCAAAGAUAUUCUCUACAACCUUGAGGAGCCCAUCAACUUCUCCGUCUUCCCUGGCCACCAAGGUGGCCCCCACAACCACACCAUCACUGCUCUCGCUGUUGCUCUCAAACAGGCUGCUACUCCCGAGUUCAAGCAAUACCAGGAGCAGGUUAAGAAGAACGCUAAGGCUCUCGAGGAGGAGUUCACUCGUCUCCAGUACAAGCUCGUCUCCAAGGGAACUGACAACCACAUGGUUCUGCUGAACCUAUCCGACAAAGGCCCCGGUGGAAAGCCACUCAACGGUGCCCGUGUUGAGGCUGUUUUGGAGCAGAUCAACAUUGCUUGCAACAAGAAUGCUAUCCCUGGUGACAAGUCCGCUCUCUCCCCCGGUGGUAUUCGUAUCGGUGCCCCUGCCAUGACCAGCCGUGGAUUUGGCGAGGAGCACUUCAAGAAGGUUGCCCGCUACAUCGACCUCGCUGUGAAGAUCACCAACCGUAUCCAGAGUGAGCUGCCCAAGGACGCCAAUCUCCUCAAGCACUUCAAGGCCAAGGUUGCUGCCAAGGACGAUCCUGAGAUUGAGGCUACCCGCAAGGAGGUUGCCGCCUGGGCCAGCUCCUUCCCCCUUCCCGUCUAA